GAAGUGCAAUAAAACUAAUUUUUUAGAUAGUUGCACCAUCUGUUAGCGGCAUCGAACGCUAAGGGUUUGUGCAACUGGUCAAUUUUCGUAAAUUUAUUUUUUUUUGUCUCCUUUGUUUUCUAUUUAAAAUUCAAUUUUGUGUUACUCUGAAGAAUUGUAAUAAAAAAUAAACACAAAACAAUCAGAGAUUUUGCCAGAAACAUAAGAAAAUUUCCAGCGAGCGUGGAAAGGUAACAAAAUCUAUAUGAAUGUUGGAAAAAUUAUAUUAAUUUAAAUAAAUUUUAAAGUGUUAACGAUUAUAGACUGUUGGGGCGAUAGUUUUUAUGAUUUCAGUCAGUUUGAAACUAUUUCUUCUGUGUUUAGUCGCAUUCAAAUGUAUUUGUUAAUGCCAUUGACACGAUUUUGCUUCCUUUUUGCCAAUUUUUACAGCAAAUGUGACGAGCCAAAGCAACUGUAGCAGAGUUCUAAACAGUAAUGAAUUGUUAACAUUGAAAGUAUAUGAAAUUCCCAUCCAGAAUAUCCUGUGUGUCGAGGAAACCAAAGAGGGUUAUGUUUUUCUGAUCAAUUUCUACAAAGGCCGGUAUUUCUUGAGAGGUCUAAAAUAUCGUUGGAACGGACGUUUUUACCUUGAUAUAUUGCCAUACAUUAACGAGAUCGCAAUGCACGCAAAAGACAUUUCUGCUCUACGCCCAAUUCCGGAAAUAAAACAACCGAGAGGAUUCUCCGUGCCAGUGAACCUCAGUUUCCAAAACUGCGGAAGGAAACCGACGUCAACAAGAAGGAAACAAGAAAAUGACGAUUCUUCCACAGAAUUACCAUCGAUCACUGGUCAAAUAUUCGGUGGAAACAUAGCUCAGACAGGUGACCAUCCUUGGCACGUUUACUUUGAGAAUGAGGUGACAGGAGGAGCCUGCGGCGGGACAUUGAUUUCGCCGACUGUAGUUUUGACUGCUGCACAUUGCAUUUAUGGAUCCAAAGCAAAGGACUUCAGAGUUUCUCUUGGGAUGUAUGAUAAAAGAAAAAGAAGAGCCCCUGGUGUUCAAAGAAGAAAGUCCAGCAGUCUGAUUGUGCACCCGAAAUAUGACUCUGCGGAAUUCAUUAGUGACGUCGGACUCGUGAUUUUGAAGAAAAAAGUAAAUAUUACUGACAAUGUCCGUCCGAUUUGCUUGUGGAACGACGACUCUGACUCAAACUUGGCUCACGUCGCUGGAUCCAAAGCUAUGGCGGUUGGAUUUGGGCUUGCUGACAACUACACGUUGCCUGAUAAAUUGCAAGAGGCUCGACUUCCGAUUAGAGGUCACAAGGAGUGCUAUUUAUCAAGCAGGAGGUUUUUCGGGAAAUAUUUGCGUCCGGGAGACAACUUUUGUGCCGGCUACACGAAUGGAACGACCACCUGCAACGAAGACAUCGGAGGCAGCCUAUCGGUGGAAAAAUACGGCCGCUGGUUCAUCAGGGGCAUCGUCAGCUUUGCAAUGGCGAAAAAAGUGGAGUUUGAGGGCAAAAAUACUUCGUUGUGUCACCCUAAUCAAUAUUCCUUGUUCGCUGACGUCGCAGGUUACGUGGACUGGAUCGUGGAAAACACGCCGGACAUUUCAUUCCGAAAUUAAAUGUGGGUUUUGAAAAAAAAAAUUAGCAAAAGGACAGUAGUAAUUCAGUAGAAAAAUUUUAGAUGGACAGCAUAAUCUUUUAUCAAAAUAUUUUUGCAAUGGGGUUUUUAUAAUAAAUGGUUAUAAAAAUUUUAAA